AGCUGUGCGAGAAAAAAGACGCCCAAAAUUGACGACGUGGCUGAAAAACGGUUUUAGUGGACCGGGUUGAUUCAAACUGAAAAACCGGCUGUGUGCAAAGCUACCUCUAGAAGAAGUUUGUCUUUCAAGCUCACUACAGAGUAACCAUGUCGGGGAAAAUCAAGAGUAGAAGCGGUGCUAAUGCAGAGUCGAUAGCUGGCGGUGUUUCUAGUGAUGAGCGCAUUUUACGGGACAUUCAUCAACUUUACACGGAUUCAGAAAGCGGGCUGAUAACUGUGGCAGAAUCUGUUGGUGUCAAGUUACUCCCACCCAGGAAAAAAAUUACAGUGAUGCUAAUGGGUAAUCACUCUGCUGGAAAGAGCUCUUUUAUCAACUGGUACGUGGAGGAACAUAUCCAGCGCACUGGAGUGGCUAUAGAGACACAAGGCUUCAGCUUUGUCACAAAUGGACGCAAGAGAGAAUCCCUCACAGGAAAUGCCACUCUUCAUCUGUAUCCACAUUUCAAGCCUCUACAGGAGUUUAAAGGUGUUUCCGAGUAUUUGAGCACAGAAAUCUGCACGUCACGGCAGAAGAAGUUCAGCUUGGUGACAUUCGUGGAUUCACCGGGGCUGGUGGACGGAGACAUGAAGUAUCCGUUUGAUGUGGAUGAGGUCAUCCUGUGGCUAGGUGAUCUUUGCGAUCUGCUCUUGGUCUUCUUUGAUCCUAUGGGUCAGGCUUUGUGCAAGCGCACCCUCAACAUCGUGGAGAGCCUGAAUGAGAAGCACGGCGACCGGCUUCAUUUUUACCUGAGCAAGGCUGAUGAGGCUGGGGGAGAAUCAGACAGACAGAGAGUAAUGAUGCAGAUCGUCCAGGAACUCUGCAAGCGGCCCGGCCUAAACAAAUGUGGUUUCGACAUGCCCACCAUCUACAUUCCUAAUCCAAACAAGCCGAGCCGCUGUGUCAACCAGAUUGAAGAAGUUUGUCGAACCAUCGAGAAAACCAUCAACCAAACGGUUCAGAACACUCUCAACUCUCUGGAGAGGGACUGUGAACUCAUCAGUGAAGCCAUCACAGAUGCUAUUCAUACCGACAGGCUGACUACCUCAGAGAACCGUCGUGCUCGCUGCAAGAGUUGCUUCCUGACUCUGCUGGGCUUCAGCAUUCCUCUUGCUUUAAUGGCCUUCCUGGUAUUGGGCACCAUGUCUAAGGAGGUGCUGGAGGUGGCUUUGGGCCGAGAGGGAACAGAGAGCCUCUCACUCUAUGUGACUCCAGUGCUGAGAGUGACUGACUCCAUGUCUGGGGAGCAGCAGCUGUACGUCUGUGGUGGACUCAUCCUCCUGUCAUUCCUUCUGCUCAUCAUUUCACGCUUUUUCUUCAGAACUCGAUCAACACUGUCAGGCAAGCAGAAACGACAGCUGCAGGAGAAGCUGGAGUACAUUCAGGAGGUCGUCAAGGCCAAAAAGAAAAAGCUCUAUGAAGAAUAUCUACGCCAGAGCGUCAGCGAUCAUGACAUGGACAUAUAAAGUAACAAAAAUAUCCUUACAAUCAUGGGACCAGGGACAAACUUGCCAAGUCGAGCUCCAGCUGCCAGAGCAGCAAUUAGACGGCAUAAAUAUAUUUUUAUUUUUUACACAAACUGUAAAUUUCAGAUAAACCCACAAAUGUGGUGCUUUGAGCAUUCCUUUGUGCUUGUCCAUUUCCUCUCCUGCCAAAGGAAUGUGCAUAAACCACUCUUAAGAUAUGUGAACCUUGACCCUAUUUGUAACAACAUCAAGCACUGUUUUCUGAGUCACUUUGUGAGCGUUACUGUUACAUGGACCUGCACCAGCAUUUUUUACGCACAGAUGUUUUUUUUUUUCCUAAUUCAUCUCUAGAAUAUUAAAUUAUGUACGCAAUUCUGAUGAUUUUAAAUCAGCAACUAAACCAUCACCUUCAACAAUUCGGAUGUAAUCAAUUGGAUACUGUCUUUAUCUUAUGAUUGUUU